AUGGUCCGACAAGAUGAUCUGAACAGGACCCAUCAGCACUGUGUUCUGGCUGGAGACUCGGCCCGCUUCAGCUCUACACACAGAGUGGCGGAGUGUUCCACCGGGACCCUGGACUACAUCCAGUCUCGCUGCCGGGAGGCCCUGUCUAACCUGAGCAUAGACCCAGAAACAGGGACCCACAGCCUUCUCUCCCUGCUGCCAGCUACCCUGCAAGGCUACGAGGAGAUACACAACGAGGUGGAGUUUGAGUGGCUGAGGCAGUACUGGUUCCAGGGCCAGCGCUACACCCGGUUCUGCAGCUGGUGGGCCAGACCCAUGGGGCAGCUGGAGAAUGACUGGAGAGAGAUGGAGCUCAUGACGCAACUCUUAUUGGCAGCGGUAGAGGAAGAGGGACAACCGGAGGAGGGCAGGAGAGAGAUGGCGGAGACCUUGCUAACUGCCCUGACAGACAGACAGCAGCACAGGCAGACCUGGAGAGACAGCCUGGACACCCUGUGUUCAGGGGCAGACGAGACCCCGGCCCUGGCUCUGGCUCUGUGUAAAAGAAGUGUGGGGCGGGUGUGGAUUGUAAGAUCAACAGAGUGCAGACCCAGCUUUCCUCUGGGGGAGGGGAGGAGGAGGGGAGGAGAGCGGGUACAGCGCUCCCGGACAAAGGGCCCAGCCUGUCAUCAAACCCAGGGGUCAGCAGGGGCCACAGGGGCCAGGCUGGAGUUAUGUUCAGGCUGUGUGACAGAGACCCAGAGAGAGGAACAAUGGGGAUCCCCUGUCCCAGAUGGGAAUUUGAAAGAUG